AUGUCCUCCAGACCCCCCCAUCCUAUAACCACCACCCCCUUCUCAACCCGCGCAACCACCACACCCCACCCCCUAUCAACAUACCUCCUCCGCCUCAUGACGCUCAAGAAAACCAACCUCUGCCUCUCCGCCGACGUCUCAACCACCAACCAACUCCUCGCCCUCGCUAACGCCCUCGGCCCCAGCAUCUGCGUCCUAAAAACACACUACGACCUCAUCUCCAAUUGGGACUACAACCCCACAACGGGAACGGGUGCCCGCCUCGCACGUCUCGCGCGUCGCCACGGCUUCCUCAUCUUCGAGGAUCGCAAGUUCGGCGAUAUUGGGAAUACGGUGCAAUUGCAGUAUACCGAGGGCACGGCGAAGAUCAUCGAGUGGAGCCAUAUCACGAAUGUGAAUAUGGUCCCUGGGAAGGCGGCGGUGGAUGCGCUCGCGGAGGCGGCGGUGCGGUGGCGGGAGAGGAAGCGGUAUGAGGUGAAGACUGAUAUCUCAGUUGGAACGCCACGGGCGGAGAGUAUUAAUUCGGAUAAUGAGGAGGAGGAGGAUAAGACCAUCACGCCGAUCCCGGAAUACCAGACGCUGGAACUGGGACAGGCGGCGGCGGCGGGGAGGAAAGCAAGUAUCGUCUCCAUCACGACGGUGUCGCAGCAUUUCGAGCCCGUCAAUUCGCCGCGGAGUUAUAGUCUGGAGUUUGGGGAUGAGGCGCUGGAGGGGAUUGAGGAGGCGCCGUUGGAGAGGGGCUUGUUGAUUUUGGCGCAGAUGAGUAGUCAGGGGAAUUUUAUGAAUGCGGAGUACACGGCUGCGUGUGUGGAGGCUGCGAGGGAACAUCCGAACUAUGUCAUGGGGUUCGUGGCGCAGGAGAGUCUGAAUGAGAAGGAGAGUGAUCAUUUUCUUAAUAUGACCCCCGGGUGUCAGUUACCGCCCGAAGAGGAGGAUGAGGAUGCCCUCGUGGUGGGGGAUGGUAAAGGGCAGCAAUAUAACACACCGGCGAAGAUCAUUGGGUUGGGGAAUGAUAUCGUGAUUGUAGGGCGGGGAAUCAUCUUCUCUGCGGAUCCCGUCGAGGAAGCUGAGAGGUAUCGGAGGAAAGCUUGGGAGGCGUAUGAAGAGAGGGUGGGUGCUACGAAUGGAAUUGCAACUUAG